AUGGCGACGCUCGAGCAGCUGGCCCAGGCACUCCAGGAGGUGCGCCAGCAGCUCGACGGAGAGCGAGCAGCACGGCUCGCGGCAGGCGGCGCAGGAGCUGGACCGCAGAGAGCAGCUCGGAUCGAUGGCGGGCAGGAGCAGCGCAUCGACCCGCGAGUGCUGAACAAGUGCCCGAUCUUCAACGGCAGAGACGAAGCUUGGCAGGAGUGGUCCUUCAUCUUCGAGAGAGCGUGCGGAAUGGCUGAUCUAGAGGACACCCUCGACGCAGCGUCGAGAGACCUGACAGACCUGAAGUUCAGCGUGUUCAGUCCAGAACAGCAGCAGAGGGCCAAGCAGCUCUACUUCCUGCUGGUCAACACAGUCAGGGGCAAAGCGCUGACGCUGGUGAGAGGCGCGGAGAAGCACAAUGGCAUCAUCGCUUGGAAGAGGAUCAAAGCUGAGUACGCGCCAGACGUCGGAGGUAGACACACCGCACGGCUGAUGGGGAUCUUGCAACCAGGCUGGGACCAGAACGCGACAAGCCAGGAGUUCACGAACGAGCGGACAGAAUGGGGGACCCGCAUCACAGAGUACGAGACGGGAAGCACCGAGACGGUCAGCGACGCGAUGAAGAUCGCAGCGCUGGCAAGCCAUGCUCCAGAAUCAGAAGUGCAGCAGAGCAUCCGAGAGCACCUCCAGCUCGGCAGGACUUUUAACAAGAACGGCAGAAGUGUUGGAGUCGAUGACCAGAUGGGACCUGCACCGAUGGACGUCGACGCAGCUUACAACAGCUGGAACGGUAGCGGAAAGGAUCGCGGCAAAGGUGGCAGCGGCAACGGCAAAGGUGGUUGCUUCAUCUGCGGUCGGCCUGGGCACGGAGCUGAGAACUGCAGAUUGAAGUGCAAAGCCAAAGGAAAGGGCACAAUCGGGCCGAAUGCAAAUCUCGACUCAGAGGAGAGCCACCAGCCAGCGAAGCCAGCGACGGCGGUCAUCGAGGAGGUGAAUGCGGACAGCGACGACGAGUACGGGUGCAAGCUGUGCGAGCACUGGGGCGACUACAGCGACGUAGGGGGCCAGUACGAGGACACAGGCGAGCACGACGAGGAUCCAGAGGUAUACCCCUGGGAGGUCGAAGUCCACGAGUGCGAGGAUAGCCACGCGCAUGGGCACGAGGGCCAGGCCGAGACCACCAACGUCGACGAGGUCGAGCCGCCAGAGGUUCAGGGCUACGACGGCCAAGAGGACGGCGACCAGAGCGACGGUUGCGACAAGUAG